GAGGGCGGUCAUUUGCAUAAGGACCCAGCUGCGAAAGGGGCGGCGCUUCUGCCGAUGAAAGACACGGGAAACUUUUGCAAAGGCUCCCUGUUAAGAGCGGUCGCUUGAGUUUCUCACCGCCAACGAACGGAAAAUGUCGCACGGCGCCAGGCAAGCGGCUGGACUUCUGAACGCCGCGGGGAAAACCCAGCCAGGGGGUUUCCUGGUGUCAAUCAAACAGGAGAAAAGCGAAGCCCCUCGUCUGAUCGCAGAAAAGCCACAUGGCGAAGAAGAGGUGAGACUCCUGCCCGUGAAGAAGAGGGGAUGGCCGAAAGGGAAGAAGAGGAAGAAGAUUCUCCCGAACGGGCCAAAGGCCCCGGUGACAGGAUACGUCCGCUUCCUCAACGAACGGCGGGAGCUGAUCCGUAUGCAGCAUCCGGACCUGCCGUUCCCAGAGAUCACGAAAAUGUUGGGUGCAGAAUGGAGCAAAUUGCAGCCAGUGGAUAAACAGCGUUACCUAGAUGAGGCCGAGCGCGAGAAGCAACAGUACAUGAAGGAGCUGAGGGAAUAUCAGCAGUCUGAAGCCUACAAGAUGUGUGCCGAGAAGAUGCAGGAGAAAAAAAUCAAGAAAGAGGAUGCCGGUUCUGGAGUCGUGAACACGCUGCUGAACGGGUACAAGCUGGGAGAGGGAGGCAGCGACGGAUUCUCGACAUUUGACGUCCCCAUAUUUACUGAGGAGUUCUUGGACCAGAAUAAAGCCCGGGAAGCGGAACUCCGUCGCCUGCGCAAGGUGAACACGGAGUUUGAGGAGCAGAACUCCAUCUUGCAGAAACACACAGAGAACAUGAGUUGCGCCAAAGAGCGCCUGGAGCAGGAAUUGGCUCUGGAAGAGCGCCAGACCAUCGCCUUGCAGAAGCAGCUACAGACAGUGCGCCAAGCCUUGACCGCCAGCUUUGCCAGCCUGCCAAUCCCAGGCACCGGGGAGACCCCUACAUUGAGCACCCUCGAUUUCUACAUGGCGAAGCUCCACAGCGCCAUCGAGAGCAACCCGGUGCAGAACGAGAGACUUGUGGUACGGGUGAAGGAGAUUCUGUCUCGCAUCGCCAGUGAACACUUGUGAGCAGCUACAGACCUCCCAGCGCAACUCGGAAACUUCGCAAAAGUCUGCCUCCUUGCAGCUGUCUCCACCUUCCAGACCUGUCCUCUCUUAACUGUGCCUCUUCUGUACUCCUUCAGGAUCAAUCUUCUCCCAAUCUCCUUAUUCCUCCUCAAAGCUGUCCGUCAGGGUGGUUAGAUAUUUUAGAACAUUAGGGAAAAAAUCAUGUUUUGCGCAAAGGUUCCUUGAGCUCCGGGAUUCUACGGUUCUUCUCAGGGAAGGACGACGACGACGGGAAUUCCAAUUUUUGACACUGGUGUUUUGGCGUUUUAUUGCGGCGAGAACGUCGGUGGUGCGCACAUUGCGGCACAAAAUCUGUAGGGUGUUCCUGCUUCCGAACGCCCUAAUUGACUAUAAUUGAUGCAUCCGCGUUUGCCCCUCAUUUUUCUGCGCCUGCCUGCUGUUUCUUAAACAGAGAAGAGCGCCACUUUCGAAUCGGCUAGAUUUCUCAAGGAUCUGUUUGAAAAUGCCGCUGUUUUCACGGCACGGCCAGAGUCAGGACUUCCAAUUUGCGGCACAGUCGCUCGCGGGGACGAAUGAAUAAAUUUACGAUAAUUGCUGACUAAGGUUUGAUGCAAACAGGGCACAAGCUGCGUCAGAAAUGCAGAUUAAAUUUUUGCAGGGGCCCCCAAAUAAGUGUUGGGUUUUAUGCCAGACAUUAAACCUGGGAUCUUCUCCGUGCAAAGUCCCUGAGCUACACGGAUCUUGUUCCUUUCUAGGUAAAUGUAUUGUGGGUUGAGAUCCAGGUCAGAAUUGCUGGACUCAGUUCGUGGCUUUCCAGGACUUUAAGAGUGGAAAAGACCUGCCUGAAAAUCAUGCUUUUACAGUGCAGUCGCAGGUAAGGUUACUUGGGAGUAAGACCCACUGAGAUUAAUGGGACUUCACUCUCAGGUUUGUCUAUAGAGCAGGAUCCAGCCAGAUAUCUUUAUCUGCACUAUUCUGGUCUCCCGACCACCGCUGAGCUGUAUCACUGCCUCGCCCUAUUUAUUCUUAGGGUUAAUUUCCUGGAAUUUUCACAUCCGGGGGAAAAAAUUGCCUACAAUUUGGUAGGGUAAAUAAAUAAAAUAAUGUUUAAAAACCAAAAUUAGAUCCUGAUUUCAUUGAUCUAAGAAUCCAGGCUUUUGUGCUUUUUUAUAGACGGUUGCAAUCAAAAAUUAUUCAACUCCUCCCCCAUUUCAAAUCAGGUUUGUUAUCAAACUUCACAGAUUCACAGGAUCAAAUCAGAGGCGCGUUUUCAGCUGAAUUUGGGGAAACCUGUUUUGAAGCAGCCGCCGUGUCGAACUAUUUCCUCCUUGCAAUCAGCUGAAAGUUUGUGGAUUUCGAUAAUAAACUUGAUUUGCAAUGGGUUUUUGUUUUUGGAAUAAUUUCGAUUGCAACCGUAGAUAAAAUUUUCUCGCUCUCCUCAUUUUCAGUGGAGCAGGAAAUUAAAGAGAGGUCCCCGGUAUCGUGUGUGAGGGGGUUUCACAGCCCUUUCCCUACUUCCCAAGAGGAGGAAGGAGAAGAAUAAUUUGUAAUUAUGCGUAAUUUUGCUUAAUUUGCAGAAUGAAAUCAGCUGGCAAGACUUGGCCGUUUUUUCGCCUAAACCAUGGUUUACUGUGAUCAAGCAGACAGUGUGCACCAUAGUUCCUUGUUCAAGAGAAAUGAGCCAUAACCCUGGUUUCGCGUUGCAUGCAAACCCUGGUUUGUGGUUUAUGUAACUCUAAACUACAUUGAUCAGCCCAAGGAAUUACCAAUUAUGAUUUAUUUCGAUCGAAACAAAACUAUGAUCCCUGCUUCUGCCGUAACGCUAAGCCCAGGAACCAUGGUUUCUUUCCUCUGUGCCCUAACCAUGGUUUACGUUGCAUGCAAACCUUGGUUUGUGGUUUAUGUAACUCGAAACUACAUUGAUCAGCCCAAGGAAUUAUCAAUUAUGAUUUAUUUUGAUUGAAACAAAACUAUGACACCUGCUUCGGCCAUAACGCUAAGCCCAGGGAUCACGGUUUCUUUCCUCUGUGCCCUAACCAUGGUUUACGUUGCAUGCAAACCUUGGUUUGUGGUUUAUGUAACUCGAAACUACAUUGAUCAGCCCAAGGAAUUAUCAAUUAUGAUUUAUUUUGAUUGAAACAAAACUAUGACACCUGCUUCGGCCAUAAGGCUAAGCCCAGGGAUCACGGUUUCUUUCCUCUGUGCCCUAACCAUGGUUUACGUUGCAUGCAAACCUUGGUUUGUGGUUUAUGUAACUCGAAACUACAUUGAUCAGCCCAAGGAAUUAUCAAUUAUGAUUUAUUUUGAUUGAAACAAAACUAUGACACCUGCUUCGGCCAUAACGCUAAGCCCAGGGAUCACGGUUUCUUUCCUCUGUGCCCUAACCAUGGUUUACGUUGCAUGCAAACCUUGGUUUGUGGUUUAUGUAACUCGAAACUACAUUGAUCAGCCCAAGGAAUUAUCAAUUAUGAUUUAUUUUGAUUGAAACAAAACUAUGACACCUGCUUCGGCCAUAACGCUAAGCCCAGGGAUCACGGUUUCUUUCCUCUGUGCCCUAACCACGGUUUACGUUGCAUGCAAACCUUGGUUUGUGGUUUAUGUAACUCGAAACUACAUUGAUCAGCCCAAGGAAUUCUCAAUUAUGAUUUAUUUCGAUCGAAACAAAACUAUGACACCUGCUUCGGCCGUAACACUAAGCCCAGGGAUCACGGUUUCUUUCCUCUGUGCCCUAACCACGGUUUACGUUGCAGAAUGCAGAACGGUCCGGUUUGUCAACGGAGGAUCUCAAGUUUCCUUGGCACAAAAUUUGGAUUAAUCCACCUUAGUUUUAGCACGCUCUAGAUCCUCUUUCUCAUGAGAAAGAGAGAGAGGAGAAAUCCUGUCUUGUCUGUGUCUCUUGCCUUGUGACGAUUUAGCUCUGACGCUCAUAUAUAGACUUUCUGAAUCUUGUAUUUUCGUAGCGUUGCGCGGUGAACGACGGCAACAGAAAAAAAACUAUUUUAGCAGCGAGGGAAGUGGGUAUGUUGCUUUUGUGGGUGCAGGGAUUUUUUUUUUAAUGAAAUAAAAAACUUUUAAAAACACA